AUGGCUGAUUUUAAAAACACGUUCGAGGGAGAAAAAGGAUUUUGUUGGAAUUGCGGAAGUAUUUUACCAAUGUUAGACGAUUCGGCCGUUGUCAAAUGUUUUAUGUGCAAAUUUGAAUACGGACCUGAAGCAUUUGGAGCAAUGGAAAGUCACUAUCAGAUUAAAUUUAGAUCUCCUUAUGGUUAUAAAGAAACUGAAAAUUUUAAUCAGAGAAAAAUGCAGAAAAAUGAAGGGCCUGUUGUAGAAAGAAAAUGUUCAAAAUGUGGAAAUGACAUAAUGUCCUAUGCAACUCUCCAACUGAGAUCAGCCGAUGAGGGGCAAACAGUUUUUUAUACAUGUACAAAGUGUGGAUAUAAAGAAACUGAAAAUUCAUGA